CGGGCGGGGCUCGUGGCUGCACGGGAGGGGGGGCAAGCAGGGGGCUCGGUUCCUGCUGAAGGACGGAGGGUGGGGAGCUGGGUGCUUGGGGGCGCCCCUAGCAUGGCAGAGCAAUGGGGGGGCUGUGUGCACGACCCCCGUGGGUGAUGCAUGCGCACACACCUGCUCGCGGGGGGGUGCAUGGGUCAGCGUUCUGCAUCCAUUUCCGUUUCUAUCCGGCCUGGGGGAGAGAGCAAACGAGCUUCCGCUCUCCCCCCCCUUUCCACCUGCGCCGCGCAUCUGGCGGGGGGAUUGAGGGGAGCUGGGGUGCACGGGAAUUCCUCGGCCUCCUACCUGGAGUGGGGGUGAUGGGGCAUUUUAGGGAUUUGUAUAAAACAUAUUGAAGGGUCGUUUUUGGAGCGAAGGCUGAAUCUGUUCCAGUGAUUUGCCAGGCUCUGCAAAUGUGAUUUCUCAGCUGGUAACGUGGGGAAACAUAUGGAGGUUCAGGGAACCGAACAGGGUCACUGAAUAUUUCUCUCUCUCGGCCCUAGAUGGCUUCUGCUACCGACUCCCGCUAUGGCCAGAAGGAAUCCUCGGAUCAAAACUUCGACUACAUGUUCAAGAUCCUGAUCAUCGGGAACAGCAGCGUGGGGAAGACCUCAUUCCUGUUCCGGUAUGCUGACGACUCCUUCACUCCCGCCUUCGUCAGCACCGUGGGCAUUGACUUCAAAGUCAAAACCAUCUACAGGAACGACAAGCGCAUCAAGCUGCAGAUCUGGGACACUGCGGGCCAGGAGAGGUACCGGACCAUCACCACCGCCUACUACCGGGGGGCCAUGGGCUUCAUCCUGAUGUACGACAUCACCAACGAGGAGUCCUUCAACGCCGUGCAGGACUGGUCAACCCAGAUCAAGACUUAUUCCUGGGAUAAUGCACAAGUGCUACUGGUGGGUAACAAGUGCGACAUGGAGGAUGAGCGAGUUGUGGCAUCGGAGAGAGGGCGCCAGCUGGCGGAGCACCUGGGUUUUGAGUUCUUUGAAGCCAGCGCAAAGGACAAUAUCAAUGUCAAGCAGACAUUCGAGCGGCUCGUCGACAUUAUCUGCGAGAAGAUGUCCGAGUCCCUAGACACGGCAGACCCAGCAGUGACUGGUGCGAAACAAGGACCGCAGCUGACUGACCAGCAAGCACCCCCCCACCAGGACUGUGCCUGUUAGAGACUGCAGUACGGCCCCCUCUGCCCGCGUAGGCCACAUCACCCCUCCAAGUAACCAGUGCCCUAGUUACACUCAGUUGUGCUCCCACUUCAACACCCCAGUCACUAGGUCUGGUGGGAUGGCCAUAGUGAUGAGUUGUCUGUCCACUCUCAUCUCACAGGGUUUGAAAGGGCUCUGGCCACCCUCUCAGAGUCUGCAGGUUCCAUGGGGCAUCACCCCUCCCUUCCUGUGCCCUCCAGUUCUCCCACCUGGAAUGGUAGGAGGAACUUUUUUGUUGUUUGCUUUUAACUAUUUCCUGAUUGUGCCCCCUUGUUUAUAGAUAAUUAUCUGUCUUGCUGGAAGGGGGAAGGGAGGGGUUAAUUGCAGAAUCCUGCAUUAACCAGCUGACUCAGCUUGGCCAAUGUGUUCAUUAGCUUCCUUCCUUCCCAGCUAGAUCCCUGCUGCUGGGUGGUGGGAGGAGCCCUGCUUGGGGGGACAGCAGCCCUGCCCCAUGGAACCAGAGACCUGCUCCCUUCGCUGUAGUGCUACUGAGGGGGUGACGCGCUGGGGUUGCAUCUCAGUCAGCCGGGGGCGUGGGAGCGGAUGUGGAUUUUAACCUUGACGAUUCAAUCACUUUCUCAAUGGUAUCUAGACAAAAAGGCAUUAGUGCAGGUGGUUUGUUCUUCAUAGAGAUGUGUUCCAGCCCUGUCUUUACACCUCCCCUUAACUUGUUCUCCUUGCUAGCACAGAGGCCUUGGCUGAUGACGCUGGCUGGCUGGAGAGCUGCUUGACUUUCACUCCUCUGCUGCUCUGUUCCCCCCCACCAAGGAUGGCUAGUUCCUGACUAUUUGUAUAAAUAGAUGCUAAUUUAUGCUCCUGCUGUCUUCCUCCUUGUACAUAAAAACAACCUUCCUGUAAAUAGAAGUAGCAAGUGACCAUGGUGUGACAUGCUGUGCUGUGAUUGUGCAGAUGUAUUUAUUUUAUCAGUGUGGUAUGAACCUGCUUGUGAAUAUCACUUUUAAAUCCUAUUAUUUAAAAACAAAGCUGAGUAAGGGCCAAGGCACUCCUAUACCAAACUAGCCCCAGCCCGGUGGCGGACGACCAUUGGAAACCUCACGCUAGAGGAAAAGCUUCGAUGGUUUGCCUCAAGCAAAGAAACAAGCCACCGAACUGCUGCCCCAUUCCAUGCUGGGGGUGAGGUUGACACCCUGCCUGCCCCAGGAUGUUGCACUAGCAGCUGAAGGGUGCUAGUUUGCUACAGGCCUCGCUGUUCCUUGUCUGUUACUAUAGUAAUGUGUUAUUGUAGAGACUGUGAAGCAGUAGAUAGAAUUCUAUCAAUGCCCAAACCUGGUGCAUUGCUUCCCUCUAUUUAUUUUUCUUGGCAAACUCUCUGUAUUUCGCAGGUACACACAUCCAGCCUCCUGUUUUUGUGAUGUUUACUGUAAAAAUGUCAGAAGUGUCAAAGUAAAAUUUCCUAAAGAUCACUGUAUCCAAGAGCUGGUGUGAAGAAAUAAAUUAAUGCUAAUCACAA